UAUACGCCAGACCUCACGCGCCAUAUAGGGUCUUCCCCUCCGUGACGUACUUCGUCUAGAGGAGAGGCGCGCGAGAGCUGCGGUAUAAAUACAAGGAGACACGCCGGUACAGCAGCACUGUGACAGCACACAGUAACUGAGUUAUGGAGACACUAAGGAAUACCUCUUACCCAACUAUAACGGCACACAACGAAAAGAUGUGUGAGCUCAAUAAAAUAAGUGAGCAAGGAUGGAAAAAGCCAGAGGAUAACAGUCGGACGAGUACAGAGUAUUCCAGAAUCAUUACAGACCCCAAUACUGGGAAAUGUUACUGCCGGGGAAAAGUUCUGGGAAAGGGAGGCUUUGCAAAGUGCUAUGAAAUGACCGACCUGUCUUCAAGUAAAGUCUAUGCAGCCAAGAUCAUCCCGCAUACGCGUGUGUCGAAACCGCACCAGAGAGAGAAGAUAAACCGAGAGAUUGACCUGCACAGAGCUCUCAGCCACAAACACAUAGUGCAUUUCUACCACCACUUUGAAGACAAAGACAACAUAUAUAUUCUUCUAGAGUACUGCAGUAGAAGAUCACUGGCCCAUAUACUGAAGGCGCGUAAAGUCCUGACAGAACCUGAAGUGAGGUAUUACAUGAAACAGACAGUGUCUGCUUUAAAAUACCUUCAUGAUUUAGAGAUACUGCAUCGUGACCUGAAACUAGGCAACCUGUUUGUGAGUGACUCAAUGGAGCUGAAAGUGGGAGAUUUUGGGCUGGCUGCCAAACUAGAGCCAGUCAGCAACAGACGCAAAACGAUCUGCGGUACACCCAACUACCUGUCCCCGGAAGUGUUGAACAAACAGGGCCACGGCUGGGAGUCUGACGUGUGGGCUUUGGGCUGCGUCAUGUACACCAUGCUCCUGGGAAAACCUCCAUUCGAGACCACUAACCUGAAGGAGACGUACCGCUGUAUCCGAGAGGCCCGUUACACCCUCCCGGCGUCCCUCUCUCUUCCCGCCAAACAGCUCAUUUCCGGCAUGCUCGCACAGAACCCCGUGGAUCGCCCGCACCUGGACGACAUCAUUCAGCAUGAAUUUUUCACCCAGGGAUUCAUGCCAGAAACUCUACCUGUCAGCUGCUGCCAUUCUGCUCCAGACUUCCACAUUUCCAGUCCAGCCAAGAGCUUCUUCAAAAAGGCAGCAGCGGCUCUUUUCGGCGGCAAGAAGGACAAAGCCAAGUACUACGAAAAUAUAAAUCGCUUAGCCAAAGAAGAGGAAGACAUAUUCAAGCUCCGGCAAGACUUUAGAAAGACUGCCAUCAGUCAUCAGAUUACUACACACUCAUCCGAGGAAGGAGGAAAUCCGUCAGCACCUACAAGAAAGCCUGUUACCCUGGCAACUGACGGAAAGCUGCAGACAAGAGAUACCAUUCACUUGAUUGUUAGAGGCAGCUUGGGCAGCUGCAGCAGCAGCAGCAGUGAAUGUCUUGAAGACACCACCACUGGCACUGUGGCAGAGGCUGUUAUUAGUGUUCUGAGAGGCUGUCUUGAACACAUGCCUAAAGCGGACAGCCUUCCCAGAGGAAAUGGUUGUAAUAGUUUGAAGUGGGUGACUAAGUGGGUUGACUACUCCAACAAAUAUGGCUUUGGCUAUCAGUUGUCUGACAACACAGUGGGCGUCCUUUUCAACAACGGAAUGCACAUGAGUCUCCUCUCUGACAAGAAGACUGUUCACCAGUAUGCUGCACUCGGCCAGAAGUCUGUUUUCUCUGUUAUCGAGGCUCCCGAGUGUGCUGUGGCCCAGGUCACCAUCCUCAAGUACUUUGCCCACUACAUGGAGGAGAAUUUGAUGGAUGGAGGGGAUGUGAUAAGCGAACCAGAUACCCAGAAGACCAGAAUAUAUCUUCUGCAGUGGUUGAAAUCAGACAGAGCUUUAUUGAUGCUGUUCAAUGAUGGCACAUUCCAGGUGAACUUCUACCACGACCACACCAAGCUCAUCCUGUGCACACAGCAGGACGAAUACCUGCUGACGUACAUCAACGAGGAGCGAACUUCCACCACCUUCCAACUGAGCACGUUGCUCGGCACGGGCUGCACCGCGGACCUGCGCAGUCGUCUGGAGUAUGCCCUGAACAUGCUGUUGCAGCGAUGCAACUGAGACUGACAGAUGAGGAGAACAGUUGGCCACUUAGUCAGCAAGAAUUGAUGAUUUCUUUCAAUGCAAUGUCCACUGGAUGUGAACAGGAUGGAGCUAUGGAAAGGUCUUCAGUGACUAAGACAGUCUCUGUAGAUUUACAAAUGCUGAAAUUCAGAGACUGUAGUGAAGAGGAAUGAUGUGAUAAAAAAGAUUAUAGAGAGGAAAGAAAAUCUGGGCUGGGACCAGGGAUUCCUUGACAAGAAACGGACUUCUUGUGUGUAUGUGUGGUAAAAUGUUGAUGAAUCACACAUGCAUGUAAUAAGCUGCAAAAAUUAUUUCUUGAUCCCCCCCCCCCCCCCCCCUUACCUGUCCUUACCGAA